AUGUUACUAAUACACACGUUUAUGCUAUCGCAAUUGGUGGAUCUUAUUAUGAUCGUGGACAAUUCCAACGAUUUCACCGAUAAUUUCUACGUGCUACUCGCUAUGAUCGUUUCUUGCUGUAAGAUGUUCACUCUGUUGAUGAAUCGCAACAACAUUGAGAUGUUACUCGAGACUCUUACGAGUAAACCGUUCCGACCGGUUGAACCUGACGAAAUGAAGAUUCAACAGAAAUUCGAGAAACUCAUACAGUCAAAUACGCUUCACUAUACUAUCCUAGUCGAGACAACAUGUUUAUCCGUUGCCGUAACGUCAUUACUGACGGAAUUCAGGAAAGGAAAUUUGACGUUUCGAGCGUGGCUACCAUUCGACUAUUCCUCGCCGUCACUGUUCUUUUUCGUAUACGCUCAUCAAUUGAUAAGCUUUACGAUUGGAUCUGUACAUCAUGUGGCUUGCGAUAGUCUCAUAUGCGGAUUUCUGGUGCACAUUUGCUGCCAGAUAGAGAUACUGGAACACCGUUUGAGAAAAAGCGCAUAUAAUCCCAAUGUUCUUCGCGAGUGCGUUUUUCAGCACAACCAUAUAUUCAAGUUUGCUCGUGUAGUAAAUGAAAAAUUUAGGAUAACUAUAUUUAUCCAAUUUGUUGUGAGUACAUUGGUGAUGUGUUUUAAUUUGUAUCAAUUUACCAAAUCAACAGCAUUAAGAACAAAGUAUAUGCAAUUGAUAUUGUAUACGUGUUCCAUGCUGUCACAAAUCUUUUUCUAUUGCUGGUACGGGAACGAAGUUAAAUUGAGAAGUCGGCAGUUGAUAAAUAAUAUAUUUGAAAUGGAAUGGUUUAAGUUCGAUGAAAACUCUCAGAAAGCUUUAUUAAUGAUUGCGAGGCGUGCUGCAGUACCAAUCGAAUUUACUAGUGCCGCUGUUAUUUCCAUGAACCUGGAUUCAUUCGUGGGUUUGCUCAAAACAUCGUAUUCGGCUUAUAAUUUACUUCAGCAAGCACAGGGAUCAUAAUAUUGGACACAUGUAGUAGAGCAAAAAUAUCGGUGACAUUACGCAAUGUGAAUUUAUGUCACAAA